UUUUCUCAUGAGCAGCUGGACUUUAAACUUCAUCUGUCCUGUAGCUGUUUUGCCCAAGAGCUGCAGAAAUGCAGGCAGGCGCCAUUAGGCUCAGAGGGUAACAAUGACAAGGUGCUCUUGGAUAAUAUUGUUCCUUCUCUCUGCCCUUUUCCGUCAGACAGAGCAGACAGUGUUUAUAUCAGCUGACGAGGCAAACAAUGUUAUCAAGAGACAGAGGCGUGCCAGUUCCCACCUUCUGGAGGAGAUCCUCCAAGGCAGCUUGGAAAGGGAAUGCCUUGAAGAGAGAUGUACACAUGAAGAAGCAAGAGAAGUAUUUGAAAAUGACGAAAUGCUUAAAAUGUUUUGGGAUAUCUACUACGAGGGCAGGAGGUGCUCCUCGAGCCCCUGCCAGAACAACGGCGUGUGUGAGGACAGCAUUCGUGGCUACACCUGCACUUGUGCUGAGGGCUACGAGGGAGAGAACUGUGCUUUCGCUAAAAAUGAAUGUCACCAUGAAGCAAAAGAAGGAUGUCACCACUUCUGCUACCCAGGAAUUAAUUCCUACCGCUGUUCCUGUGCUGAUGGCUAUGAGCUUGGGCAGGACACAAAACAGUGCAUCGCAUUAGAUGAAUGUGCAUGUGGCAGACUUCAAGACAGUGAUAAUCUGAUAAGUGAAACCAGGAAGAAACAUGACGAGCGAUUUCCCUGGCAGGUGCUACUGCUAAACUCGGAAGGGAAAGGCUUCUGUGGAGGAGUGCUGCUAAAAAGUAACUUCAUAUUGACCACAGCAGAGUGUGCUCUUCUGCACAACCAUUUUGAAAUCAGGGUUGGUGCUGGGCCUAAUGGAACAAGUGGAACUGAGAAGAUAAUGCAAGUUAGUGAGAAGCACAUACACAUCCGGUAUGAUGAAGACACUGGUGAGAACAACGUUGCAUUGCUACAACUUCAAGAGCAUGUUGAGUGCAACAACUACCAGCUUCCUGUAUGUGCCCCUGAAAGAGACUUUGCAGAACACGUUUUAAUUCCAAAAGUGGCUGGUACAGUUAGUGGCUGGAGCAUAGAAGGUGAUGAACUUAAAGUUGAUGAGCUGCAGGUUUUGUACCUUCCUGCUGAGGACUGCAAACAAAUACUCAACGUCAGCCUCACAAACAGGCAGUUUUGUGGGCACCUCCAGAAGGCCGUAGACAAACGACUGGUUGGAGGAAGCUUUUUAGCUACUGAGUAUAAGGGCACUUGGUUUCUGACUGGUAUCCUGGGAUCUUGGCCACUAGAAGACACUGACUGGGAAACACUUCUAUUCACCAACACUGCAAGGUAUAUGAUAUGGGUUAAACAAAAAAUGAAAUAAGACACAAACACAACCAACUCUCAAGCACCAAACGCCUACCAAUCAUUGCAAGGAAACAUAUGGAUGCAGCCAGUACACCCAUCUGACUGUAUCACAAUUCACAGCAAUGGAAGUUGCAAUGAUGGCACGUAUUUAACUCCAAGUUAUACAGAAAAGCCUGUUUGUCUUUCCUUCUUCUGCUGACACACAGUACUGUGGAAGUCAUGAUGCAGUAAACCUAGUUAUUUUAUGAAAACCUGAUUUAACUUUAAAUUUCUUAGAACUGUUCAUCCUAAAACUCCAAACACUUUGAUGUCUUUCUGGGAUUUUAAAUAGUGCUAGAAGGCAAUGAGUCUUUUCAAUUCUUGGUACCCUGAGGUCUGCUUCAGCAAAUUCAUACUCUUAAUUCAAGAUUCAUACAAGUAAAGCUUACAUAGACCAGGGGAACUUCUUUUACAUGUCUGUGUUAAUGACUGUGUAAGGUCUUGACACUUUCAUCAUGUUUAAAAGUGCUUCCCCUCAUACAUGGUACCUGUGUUUUCCCUUAUGAAGAUGUUCAUGUCAGUUAGAGGAUAAAAUAAAACCCAACUGUAAAAGAUAGGAAAAGAAAAAGUUUAAUUUCCUUUUAAAAUAAUUUUAAAACCCCCAAACUACCAUCUCAUCAGUUUGGACAAAAUUACAUUGUACCAAUCCCAAACAAGGUAAUAACACUAAAAAUACUGGAUCCAGUGGUAGUGUUUUCCCCAGAAGCAAAAUAAAACAGACUAUGGGUAAGUUAGCUACAUCAUCUUUUGUUCACCAUUAUAGAAAUAAAACAAAUAUCACCAGAACUAAAAAAAAAAACCAAACCCAUCUGUGGGCACCUACAGACAAAUUGCCCACAUUUUCUUGAACCUGUAAGUAUUACUGACACAGUAAAGCUUUUGGUGUCAAGCACUUCUCUAGUUUUUAGAGAAAGCUUGAAGAGAAUAUUUAAUACCAGCAAGAUUAUCGAAGAGACUUAAAAAAAAUGGAAACCAUGUAAGAAAACAUUAUUUCCAUUCUGAAGAAUGGAUUAACACGAGUAACAAAGGCUGACACUUCUCUCUGAAAGAUAAAUGCAAAAAUAGUAACACAAAGUACUUUAUAAAAACUUUUAAGUAAUUUGUGAGUAAUUUGGAAUGCUUUGCUUUAUUUCUUCAUGAAAUACUUGGAAUUAUCUAGAAAGCCUGUGGAAAUUAUUAUUUAAAAGUCAGCAUUUCAUUCCAACGCACUUUGUAACACUGGCAGUCUUGGUCCUUCUGGGAAAGGAGCCACAAACAGUUCCUGGUAUUCCAGUUCUGGACAUGAACCAGGCAAUUUACAGUGUCCUCGGGGUGAUUAGGAGCAGUUCCACUGGACAAGCCAAGUACCUGGGAAGCACUUGCAUGGAUAAGAUGCAACACUCAACACACCGUUGACAGUGGAGGAAAUGGGUUCUGCUUACUGACCACAAGCUUCUGAUGCUGGUGGGAUAUGUAGCCUUUAAUGUGACCCUGGCAGAAGGAGAAAAAGGGAGCAUUAGCACGGGCAGCUGGUAACACAAGGCCUGUAACCUAGGCAAAUACCUAUAACCUAACCAUAGCAGUGUGUGUAUGCUCAAUCACUGCUGCACUACUGAACUUAAUAUCUAUAAUGGUCCGAUUUAUGUCAACUCGGAGAGUAAGCAGAAAGUUGGAACCAUCCCUGUGUUUGGGUACUACCUACCCUCUCAGUUUGAGAGCCUCUUGCCAGGGCCCCCUAUUGGUCUGCUUACAUUAUCUUCAAGAGACACAGCUUUACAGAAGUGUUUCUAAAGUUACUCUUUGUUCACUUUAAAAUGAGGAUUAUAAUCAAUUAGUAUUCCACACCUAAUAAAGUAAAUUACAUAGUACUUCCUUUUCAAACAUUGUGCUGCAACACUGAAAGAAAUCUUCCAGUGACCUACACCACAUCACAUAAUCUGUUUCAGAGAGAUGUGUUUCAUUUACUUGCUGACAUCACAGUGCUGCUCCAAAACCUCUGAUUUAAUAGAAAUCUUUACAUUUCAAGCCUUUAUCUGUUCAUGAGUAGUUGAAAUCCCCUUAGAGUAAAAGACAAAAUGUGGAACAAACCCAAAGAAAUCUGACUUUAUUUUUUUCUAAUGUUAGAAGGUCAAGAGUCUCCUACUUCAAAUGCAGAACAAAUCCUUUUUGGUCCCAGUUAAAAUGUUUGUAUUUUUAAAUCAAUAUUUAUGCAUAUAUAGAAAAAAUGGCAGUACCAGAUUUGUAAUGUAAAAUUCAAUUUUAACUGAUUCCUGCAAAAAAAAAAAAA